AAAAAAAUACACUCUCGGCCAAUCCAUAACCUCGUCUCUGUUUCUCCCCCACCCAUGAAUCCCUGAAAAACACCCUAUCCUUUUUCUCGUCAAAAAAUCUUUCACCAAGCAAAAUCCAUGGCGAGAACACUAAUUUCAUCACAGCCGUUCAUCUGCACAUCACUUCCAUCAUCAGAAAUAUUUCGCCGUUGUGGCCUCUGUGUGCUCCCUAAACGUAGACUUGCCUCCACCGGAGUCCGACUAAGCUUCAGCGAAAUCCCUCCUAUUACUUCACUGAACUCUUCCGUCGAUUUCCAAGUACUUUUUACCAAAACCGAGAGCUUCCUAUACACUCUUGCCGACGCUGCGGUUGCGGUCGAUCCUGCCGCCACCGCCGCAGGGUCUACCGACGCUGCCGCGCAGAAGAAUGGUGGUUGGUUUGGCUUCAUUGCUGAAUCAAUGGAAUUUGUUCUCAAGGUUCUGGAAGAUGGAUUAUCGGCAUUACACCUGCCUUACGCAUAUGGAUUUGCGAUUAUAUUAAUUACGAUUAUAGUUAAGAUUGCUACAUUUCCUUUGACAAAGCAGCAGGUGGAAUCAACGCUAGCUAUGCAAAAUCUUCAACCAAAGAUAAAAGCUAUCCAACAAAGAUAUGCAGGCAAUCAGGAGAGAAUACAGCUCGAGACAUCUCGCUUGUAUAGGCAGGCUGGGGUCAAUCCGUUGGCAGGUUGUUUCCCUACUUUAGCCACCAUUCCAGUCUGGAUAGGCCUGUAUCAAGCUCUCUCAAAUGUGGCAAAUGAGGGACUGUUGACAGAAGGUUUCUUUUGGAUCCCUUCUCUGGGAGGGCCAACUACAAUUGCUGCUCGACAAAGUGGGUCUGGAAUUUCUUGGCUUAUUCCAUUUGUGGAUGGCCAUCCACCAUUGGGUUGGCAUGACACUGCUGCAUACCUUGUUUUACCCGUGCUUCUUGUUGUCAGUCAAUAUGUUUCAAUGGAGCUGAUGAAGCCGCCCCAGACGGAUCCAGCCCAAAAGAACACACUUCUUGUUCUCAAGUUUCUUCCAUUUAUGAUUGGCUACUUUUCGUUAUCUGUUCCAUCAGGAUUGUCAAUUUACUGGUUUACAAACAAUGUCCUUAGCACUGCACAGCAAGUGUGGUUACGCAAAUUAGGUGGAGCAAAGCCUGUUGUUGAUGAGAGCGCAAGUGGAAUUAUUACUGCCGGACGUGCAAAACGGUCAGCUGAUCAAACGGCACGGCGUGGGGAUAAGUUAGUGUUCAGGCAGUUAAAAGAUGAAGAGAAGAAGAAGAAAGUAGGCACGGCGUUGAUAGCAGAAGAAGUUCAGGCUCUAGAUUCAAAAUCUGAUUCUGAUGGGGAGUCAGAUGAUGAGACAAAGGGCAAGGGUGAUGAGACUCUUGCAGUAUAUGCUUCCAAUGAUAGCAAACAAGUUCCUAAUAUUUCUCAGCCACGACGAAGCAAGAGAUCUAAGCGGAAGCGUGCUGUAUAAGAAGAUUGUACACUGAAUGCUUAUGGUGAGUCUUUUAUAUCUAAAGGAAUUGUAUUAUUUUUAUUGUAGUGGCAAUUUUGAUGUUGUCUCAUUCAAGAUAUAUUGCAAAAUCAUGAAGACCAGUCUUAUUAAAAAACACCACAACCAUGCUCCAAAAGGCUCAUAUUUUUUGUAUUUCAGUCACUAUGCAGGUCGAGAAAUUUUGAUUCAACUGUGCAACUACUAAGCUGGCAUUUUUAUCUUUUGGUAUGUUGAGCUUGCUAAGCAUUUCAAGCCUCA